ACUUUCACACUGGCAACAAUGCCAUUUUCUUCAUCAUCACUGCGGGGGUGAUGCUGGCGAGCUUCGUUCUGAUUGCCGUUUUCACGGGCUUCCAGCACGAGACGAAGAAGUUCAAGACGAUGGUGGUGACCAUAGUGCUGGUGCUGCUGUUCCAGUUUAUUAUCAUCGAUCCGAUCAAGUUCAUUGUGCUCUCGAUCGACUCGGCCACGUGGCCGAAGAAGCAAGUCGUGAACUACCGCUCGGACAUGACCAAGGAGAAGUACAACCACUUGGACUACCUGCGCACGCGGCUGAGGAGCUUGAAGUCGCAGCUGAUGAUCACCGUCGAGCACCGCAACGAGAAGCUGAACGAGAAGUACAGUCACAUCAUGAAGGACCUGAAGCUGUACGGCACGUACUUCCUGCUGCUGCUCAUGGUCGUCAUUGUGCACCAGGAUCCGCUGCUCUACUACAACACGAAUGCCGUGCGGACCUUGCUGUCGCACAACACCAGCAGCACGCUCGGCCUGAAGGAGAUUCGAUACAUGGACCAGGUCUAUGACUUUAUCGAGCUGACGCUCAUCAAGGGCUUCAAUACGAGCCAGACCCUGGACACGGCCUGGCUGCAGAUACCCCAAAUGAAGCGUUUGGGCGUCAUUCGGCUGCGGCAGCUGCGGCACAUUGACAACAUUGGGGCCUACGAUCCGCAGUGGGACUACAGCAACAGCAUGCCCGAGUGGAGCACACCCUUCAGGCGGCUGCACUACGAGGACAAGUACUGGCGCAUCUACGAGCCCUGGACACCGCUGCGACACACGCCCAGCCUGGAGGAUGGGCUGCUCCUCCACUUCAAUCAUUAUGGCCACGACAUGGACUAUCCCGAGCUGGCCGGCUACAUGGCGCUGCUCAGCACGGGGCCACACAACAGCCUCAAGGUGCUGGGCUUCCUCAAGGGCUACAGUUGGCUGGAUCACCGCAACACUUCGGCGCUCUUCAUCGACUUUACCAUGUUCAAUGCGGAUGCCAACAUCUUCACGGUGUGCACGCUGCUCGUGGAGAACACAAACUUUGGAAUGCAGCUGACACGCGCCUCGCUGCAGAGCACCAAGCUGCUGGAGAGUCUCGAUCAGAUGAGCCACCUGAAGAUCAUCGUGAUGCUGCUCUACCUCAUCAUUGUCAUUCAGUUCUGUCGCAGUUUGGUGGUCAAGCUGUGGUACAAUCGCAGCGCCAUUAGGAAGGCCUGGAACAAGGUGGACGUCGUCAUAUUCGUACUCAACAUUAUCCUGCUGGCACUCAUCGUUCUGCGGGAGCGGGAGGUGGCCAAGUUGCUGCAGCUGCUGAAGGAGUCCACCACGCGGGACUACCUCGACUUCCAGCGUCCGACGCGUCUCUAUCUGCUGAUCAACAUCAUCAUGGGCUUCCUCGUGUGCAUCACCACGCUGCGACUGUGGAAGGUUCUGCAGUUCGCCAGCGUCUUCUCGGUGUUCACCAAAACGCUGUACAUGGCCUGGCCAGCUGUGGCCAGCACGGCGCUCAUCAUCAUCAUCUUCCUCAUGGGCCUGGGCAUGGCGGUGGCCAUUAUCAAUGGCAACAACAGCGAGUACUUCCAGAAGCUGCUCAAGUGCAUCAUUGCCUGCCUGUGCUUUGCCUUUGGCUUCAGCUCGGAGGUGCAUCCGCGGGACAUGUUCCACGGCGGCAAGGCGCUGGGCAUUGUGCUCUACCUCGUGCUGGUCUUCAUCAUUGCCGUCGUCCUCAUGAAUGUCUUCGCGGCGCUGAUCUUCUCGUACUUUGAGAACGCCGAGCAGGAUCGCAAGGAGACUGCAGGCCGCAGUCGCAUCAAUUUCCUGCAGUUCCUGCGCCUCGAGUACGCCCACACCCUGGCCCUCUGCGGCUGUCGCUACUUUCGCCGGAAGUACCGAGCACGCGGGCGCACGGUGCGCGAGAACAUCGCCUGGGCCAUGUACCGCCAGGAGCUGGUACGCUCCAAGUCCAGCAGCAUUGUGGUCGAGAAGAAGCCCAGCGACGAGGAGCUGCGCUUUCAGUACCGUCGCCGCAUCGAGAUGCUGCUGGGCCUCUCCGCCAUCCUCACGGUGCAGGUGGAGCUCAUCGAGCGCCUGAUGCUGGGCGACCAGAAUGGCAAUCUGCCGAGCUCCUCGGACUCCGAGGACUCCGACAUGCCGGAGAUGUAUCGCAAGUCCAAGACUAGCAAGGUCUAA